GGUGCUCGUGCUGUUGUGAAAAUUUUGCAGGAAAUUUUCCUACCACCCGUCGUGUUUUAUCCGGUGGCAAUCGUCCAAAGUUUUGGCUCUUAUACCUCCAAAUUCGUAUCCCUUCUUAUUCUAUCUGUAACACGUCGCGCUCGUGCCCGUAAAGUGCCCUUGGCUGUCCGUAUUCCAUACACCUCAUUAUCUUUCAUCACUGCGUAUAUUCGUGAUCGUGAAAAAGAAAGCGAAAAAGAGUCAAAAUACCAUAGUGGUCGAAAAUUUUCGACAGGUGAUCAGCAGCGUGCGAAAGUCCAACGUGCCUCGAAAGCGCCACGCCUGAGAGCAGUGUGCUCUUCAGCUGCUUUAGCAGAGUUUCCGUGCAUUUUCCGUGUUCUUUCCUACCUACGAAGAAGAAGAAGUAUUUCUUCCAGAUUUUUGUUGAGACUUCACCAACAUGGCAAACUAAAAAGAAAAGAAACAAUGAUGCCGCAACGUAAGGAACUAUUUUCACUCUCCGCCGUCGCAGCCGUCGUCGUCGCUAGCGCAAGCAGCAAACGCAGCAGCCAUCGUGCUGUCUACCGCACCGUAGAAGCCGUUCAACAGGAAGAAGGCUUUUUAAGCGAGUCUCAAACACUCGAAUUGUCCUAUUUGCAAGCUGUAGCAUCAGCCAACGUCCUCCAUGGAGAAGAAUCGCUUUACCAAUCAGAAUCUGUCCAAGGGGCAGAUUUCUGAGGCGAAGAAAAAUCAAGAUGUUUCUGUUAAGUGGCCCCGUCAGUCCAAACGUCGUGGAGAACAAUCGGACAGCAGCAAUAAUCAUCGGCACAGUGCCAACACCGGUAAAGUACCGAGCGCAAACAAAACUCGUAAUCAAAGCAACUACAACUACGAUGCACGGCAACGGUCGCAACGACCAAUCCGAGCAACGGAACAACUUGCCACCGGUGAUGGCGACGUCGGGCGUUCCCUGGAUGAAGAGCAACCGACCUCUAGCGGAACCGCCGGACUAGCGCCACCGGCUCAAUCGAACGCGACGCCCAACAGCGUACGCGGUGAAUUACACUCGGUGUUUACACCCGGCUCGAAGAAACAGAGUCUGAACCACUUGCUGAAUUAUCAUUACGCACCACGCGAACGCGACCAGCCAGUUCGGUUCACGCGCACCGGCAACAUUCGUAAGCUGGCGCACCAGUCACAUGGUAGCUACAACAAGGAACAAUUCCUGCAGGCGAACUGCCAGUUUGUAGUGCGCGCCGAUGAAGACUAUGAAGGUUUACUGUCCGCACCGGAUCAACUGGUGGACUGGGGCAAGGUGGAACAAAUCCACGUGCUCACUUCGGAGGAACCACAAUGUCCGAUAUGCCUGUAUCCGCCGGUGGCGGCAAAAAUGACGAAAUGCGGCCACGUGUACUGUUGGCCUUGCAUUCUGCACUAUCUGGCAUUGUCGGAUAAAACAUGGCGCAAGUGUCCGAUCUGUUACGAGGCGAUCCAUCUGCCGGAUUUGAGAUCGGCCGUUUCGAAACCGUUCCACGCUUACGGUACGGGAGAGUAUGUAACGCUUCAGCUGAUGCGUCGCGAAAAGGGUACUAUGAAGGUGGUCGAAGUGAACGAUGAGCAUCAGAUGGCGAACAUCCGUCCGAUUGUAGGCACUUCGAUUCCACAUUUUGACGCUACCGUUGGUAACAGCAUCCUUACCAAGCUGCUUCUAACCGACACUGUGCAAAUGUUGAGAAUAAUGGAACGCGAACAAACAGAACUUGAGAAUCAGCUCGUGUCCGAUGGUGCCGAUGCACCGGAGAACAUCUUCGUGCAGCAGGCACUAGACAUACUCACGGAACGUCGUACCAAUUUGAAGGCGGCAAAAGCAAUCACGUUUCCCGUUCCAGUGGAAAAGAUUGUACGUGGCAUAUCGAUCUCUUCAAGCGUGUCGGACGAUGCCACUGAACAACAAUCGGAAGACGUUCUCGACGGAGUCGCCCAAGCAAUGUCGACUGGAAGCGAAGGAUCGUCGGAUUUCAUGAUCGACGAAGAAAGUAAUUUCACUGUCGGUGACAUUGCCAUCGUCCCGACCGCACAAUGUACGGGUGAACAUUACUAUUUCUACCAAUCGCUUGACGGGCAACCGUUGUUUCUGCACUCGAUCAACAGCCGCAUGCUGCAAGCAAUGUACGGUAGCCUCGAUCGCAGCCCACACCGCAUAACUGGUCGAGUUGUGCAGAAGGAUUCAUGCUCGAUGGAUGAGAAUUUGCGUCGCCGGUUAAAAUAUCUGGAGCAUCUGCCAGUUUGCACACAGUUCGAUGUGGUCGAGCUGGAUUUCGGACCGACCGCGAGCGAUGGACUCGUGUCAGAGGAGAUAAUGAACUUGUUCCACGACGAGCUAGCUAUGCGCCAUCGCACACGGCAGAAGCGUGCCCGAGCGGAGCAGAAACGCGAGAAGCAAAUCUUUGAGUUUAACGAACGCCAACUUGGUAAAGCGAUGGCCCGUUCUGCUCGCAUUUCCAUCGAAUCAACGAAACAUUUUCCUUCGUGCGGACUUUCGGAGUCUUACCCGGAAGAACCCACCUUGCUCGGAACCAGCCCUGUUGCAAGCGAUAUUUCGAGCUCUCCGGGAUCUAGCGGAUCCGCGAUGUCGUCUUGGUCGAAGAUGGUGUCCACUCAACCCUCCUCUAAUCAGCGUUGGCCUACAUUGGGAGGAGCGACUUCGUCGUCCAAUUCCAGCGCUCCGGCACCGAAGCUAGUGCAAGUAACCGGUAGUCGUAUGGCUGCCACAACGAGCAGCACUUCGCGUACCGGUUGGCGCCAACCAACGUCGGACGUUGAUGAAGACGAAACGGACGAAGAGCUUAUUGCGGUACGUGCCCCACUGUUUAACAACAAUCUUGGCCGUGCUAUUGAGGCAGCACUGGAGAGAAAAACUGCUCAUCAAUACCAAUCCACUUCUGGGUCUGGUUCUGGUUCGGGUACCGCCUCGGGCGCCGCUGGAAAGCGUAAAAAAAAUAAGAAAACGCUACUCUUUGCCUCUGGUAUGAAUAUGAACUAAAUACGAGACUUCGGUUGGAGUUUUAUGUGCGGGUGAGAGCGUUUGAACGGCAAAACUUGUUUAUUCGAUGUGUGUACAAUUACUCCUCCGUUAAGUUUUAAAUAUCCCCAUUAGCUAACAUCUCCGUGUGGAACCUUUUUCUUAUUUUUUUGCCAAAAUUUCAAUUUUCUUCUGUUUUGCUUGCACAUCUGUUCAUUAAUAUAUCCUAUAAGAAGUGUAAUGAAAUCAAUGGGACAACGGAU